AGAGAGGUUUGUUUUGUUCAUGUGUGGAGAGGUGGCUGCAGUCAGUGAUGAUUUUACAACACGCUGUCUCCUGCUGUUUAAAGGAUUUAGGCUGGGAUGAAAUGUUUUCUAAUAAUUAGUGAUUUUUGUGUUUGUUUAUCACCUGCACGGAGUUCCGUGAAAAGGAAAGCAUCCCUUUUCUGUGUUGAAUUUCACACACAGAGCGGAGCGCGUCAGUCGCAGCUAUAGACAAGUCGAGCUUUUCAAUGAGAUGAUUUACUGAGAAACAAACGCGUUGAAGCUCCAGCAGAGCUCUGCGCGAUUCUGAAACACGAAAGGAAAGUUACUCCUUGCAAAGACUGUUGUUUGUGUUCUUUCUUUAUCACACCAGAAGUGAUGAAUAUAUUUGAAUGGGAAGGCUACGAUAAAAACAGAUAUAUCUUACUAAAUACAAACCGAAGGCGGUGUUUCUGAAUGCAAAGAGGAUUCCGCUAGAGCAGUCUCAAACUAAACCAGUGAAGAUGGACGUCAGUGUCUCCGUGUCGUUGUUUCAAGACGAGCUCGCCUCCACCGUCGAGCUCGCAGUGAAAGCGGCUGCAGACAGCGUCGUGUGCGCGAUUACUGAAGCUGUGAGCAGCAAAUUCACUGAAUUACAAGAGGACAUGUCUGCAGUGAAGAGAGAGAAUGAAACUCUGAAGCUGAGAUUGGAAAUAUCAGAGAGCGAGCUGAAAGCCGUGCGAGGGUGUAUAAACGCUGCACAUGCAGACAUUAAACAGCCUUUCAUAUUUCAAGAUCCCAUAGAGAGCCACGCUAUCCCUGAAUCUGAAGCACAGGAGGGGCCAAAGAUAGAAGCAGCUUACACACGAGAGGAGUCCUUUGAGCAGGAGUGGUGUGCAAGUCUAAUACAGGUUACAGAGCUGCCAUGUGUUAAAGAUGAAGACGUCCCUGAGUGUGUUCCUAUUAAAGAGGAAUUCAUAGAACAGGAAUGUGUCUCCAUCGCAGAGGAACUUCCUACUGAAAAUAAUGUCUGUACAGUUGAGGAGAACACCAAGCUGGGAUCCAACCUGUGUGAUGAUUCUCCAUCUGAAUGUGAUCUGGGAUUUGGAGCUUCUAAAGUAGAUGAAGGAGAACACGACUCCACUCCAUCACCCCAGUGCAAAAACUCUACUAGAGGCGAACCACAGAGCAAGAAACACAGAGAAACGACACCCCAAGAAGAGUAUGUGAAGACAUUGAGAACUCACUCAGUUACAAUCCCUUCUUUACAAGACAGACACCCACUUACUGUGGAGAGUACAGAGACGCCACAUUCUGCAUGUUUUAACAAUUCAGAAACCCAGGGCAGCUUGAAGACCUUGCCUCAUUCUAUUAAAGGUGGGAAGAGUUCCUGUCAAUUAGACGCUCCUGAAACUCACAAGGGAAAUCCCACAGGAGGGACUACGUGUUCCUGGGCUGAUUGUGGGAAGCGUUUCAAUCAUAUAUCACUGCUUAAAAGACACCAGCGCAUUCACACAGGAGAGAAACCUUCCCACAUACAGACCAGUGAUAAGAGUUUCACACAGUUAGGAAAUCUUCAUUCACACCAGCGCAUUAUCACAGGAGAGAAACCUUAUCACUGUGAUGUUUGUGGGAAGAGAUUCAGUCACUUAGGAAACCUUAAAAAACACAAAGCCAUUCACACAGGAGAGAAACCUCAUCACUGUGAUGUUUGUGGGAAGAGAUUCAGCCAGUUAGGAUACCUUAAAAAACACAAAGCCAUUCACACAGGAGAGAAACCUCAUCACUGUGCUGUUUGUGGGAAGAGAUUUAGCCAGUCUGGAGACCUUAAAAGACACAAAGCCAUUCACACAGGAGAUAAACCUUAUCACUGUUCUGUUUGUGGGAAGAGAUUCAGCCUGUUUGGAAACCUUAAAGGACACCAUAAAAUUCACACAGGAGAGAAACCUCAUCACUGCCCUGAGUGUGGGAAGACAUUCAGUCACAUAGGAAACCUUAAAAAACACAAAGCCAUUCACACAGGAGAGAAACCUCAUCACUGUGAUGUUUGUGGGAAGAGAUUCAGCCAGUUAGGAGACCUUAAAAGACACCAUAAAAUUCACACAGGUGUGUAAUCCUCUCCCUGCACUUAGUGUGUGAAGAAGUGAAGUCAGUUGCAGGCUCUUACAGGACUCGAGAACAUUCUCAGAAUUGCAGACGCUUGGACACCUAGACAACUGGAGUGCAUUUGAUUAAAUACAGAAAUAUUUACUGAAAACAAAAGAAUAAACCUGCUUGAUAAACAGGGCCCCCCCUAAUCACAAUCUGUUCAGAUCAAAAGCUCACAGACUCAAAUAAUCACUAAGCCAUUACAGACCUCACCUGCGACCCUGUUGCUC